ACGUACGUCAGUUUGACUUAUCGUGCAGCAUGGGAGAUCUUUGGUCAUUGUGGGAGAAGUAAAUUAACAUUCAAUAAAAGAAUUGUAUAGGUACCUAGUACCUAUUGGGUUUAGAUGCAGUGCAGUGUUUUGAACAUUAAUAAAAGGACGAUCCUAUUUUUAAAUUAGUAUUUAAAAAUAAAACUAGAUUCAAGUGUGAUCAAUCAUUCACCAUGGUAUUCUACUUCACAAGCAGUGUUGUUUCUCCUCCUGUUACAUUAUUUAUGGGUGCUGAUAAACAUGAGAAUGAAGACCUGAUAAAGUGGGGAUGGCCAGAAGAUGUGUGGUUCCAUGUGGACAAAGUUUCAUCAGCUCAUGUAUAUUUACGUUUAACACCUGGCCAGACAAUAGAUGAUAUUCCAAAUUCAGUUCUAGAUGAUGCCUGCCAAUUAGUUAAAGCAAAUUCAAUAUUGGGAAACAAAAUGAAUGACAUAGAUAUUGUGUACACCAUGUGGGCUAACUUGAAAAAAACUGCAGGAAUGGAGGUGGGUCAAGUAGCUUUCCAUAAAGAUAAAGAUGUCAGAAAAGUGAGAGUAGCUAAAAGAAAUAAUGAAAUAGUUAAUAGACUAAAUAAAACAAAAAAAGAAGCUUUCCCAGACUUCAGGCUGGAAAGAGAGUCCAGGGAUAGAGAAGAAAGAGAAGAUAAGAAGAAACUUUUGAGAGAGAAAAAAGAGAAAGAAAAAGAAGAGGAGAAGAAGAAGAAGGAAGAAGCAGAAUUGCGAAGUUAUUCUACAUUGAUGAGAAAGGAAAAUAUGACAACAAAUUAUGAUGGCAAUGAUUCAGAUGAUUUUAUGUGAAAUUUAAAAUAAAGAACUUGGUGAUAUA